GUAGUGUUGGGGACGUAUUGAAUACCGGUUAACCAUUAGAAACUGUUUUCCGGGUACUCAAAUUUCUUACAAAAGAAAAAAUUGAAAAUCUCAAAAGGUUUGACUUCACUCCUAUAAAAAUACAAGAGGUAAAAAAGAAAGAAAAAGGAAAUACACAUUAAUUGCAUUUCAUACAGCGGAAACUUGGAACUGUUUUUGUAUGUUUCCUUAGCACCUUUUCUCUUCGGUGGGCUGUGGGUUCGUUCCAUCUCUAUCGCCGUGGUCUCACUCACUCGCCCAGUUUUUUGUGGGUUCAUCAAUGGGCUAGCUCUCUACAAGCAAGCUGCUAUUUUGCUAGUUGAUGGCCUACCUCUUCACAGCCACCGCCACACAACACUACACCGACGUGUUGCCCCGUUCUUACCCGACCUGCUCCAAAUGAAAAUAAUAUGUGAAUGUUUCUUAAUUUGGGUCAUUCAACAACACCCACAAAUUCUUUUGAUUUGAUAUAUACAAUAUAUGUUGGAAAGUAUCUUACAACGCAGCAAAGCAUAUAGGCAAAAUCUUAAUGAAUCGAAAGUUGUGCUUUAAGGAUGAAAAGCAACAUCUAACACACACGUACUUAGAAGGAGCAGCAGCAAUUACCGUAACUCAAAAGCAGUAGCAGAGUAGCAACAUCAGCAGCAAAAGCAACAGAUCCGCACACAUACAUACAUAUACUUAAUGUUGGUCCCGCUCAAGGAAUGAUCACCCAGACAAGAGGAGGUUGAGCUUUUUCAACGCCCGAACAGACAGACGAAUGCAACAAACUCGUGGCGCACCUAGAGCGAUCUAAGAAUCUUAUUCAAGUUGUUUUGUGUUCCCAGUAAACGGCCAUUCGUUUUCCGGAGGCGGCGUAGCGCGCGUAUUGUUGGUAGUGAUUAGGAAAAUAGUAUUUUGUGGCAAUUACGAAUGAAUUAAAAAUAAUGUCAACAACAAUGCGCACGACAUUGCAAACAGUUCCUGAGUCGUUGCCCGCCGCAGCCGAUAGUAGUGCAGCCACCGAGGGCAAUGCAACGUCGAAAAUGACAACGUCAACGAUAACAGCAACGUCGGGAAUCAGUAGUACAAGUACAACUACGAAUGGCACAACCACCCCAACGACAAAUGCUGUGGCGCCACAGCAACAGCCGCAAAUAGCGCAACCUCAGUCGGGUUCAUCUCAAACGCCGACUAGCCAAACCCAGCAGCAACAACACCACCACCAGCAGCAGCAACAGCAGUCGCAGCAACAACACAGCGUGCAUAGUUCAGUGCAAUCGGUGCAAGAUACUCACCAACAACAGCAUGACUCCACCAAUGCAAAUACCAUUGUACUGCCUUCGACAAUUUCGAGUGUUGCCAAUAGCGGAACGCCACCCAAUAAUUCGGCCACGUCUUCGACCAUUGCAACAUCCUUAGCAAAUGCCAACCAGACACAAAACAAUAGUUCUUACCAGCAACAGCAUCAGCAAUCAUCCACGGCCCAGCAACAACAGCAACAUGCUCAUGCUCCCUCUACCCCAUCGCAAUCGCAAUCACAUCAUUGCCAUGUUGGUGGUGGUAGUGGUGGCGGAGGUGUGACAAAUUCCGUUACAGAUGGCGGUAGUUCACGGUCAUCGGCGGCAGUUGUAAACUCUUCCGGUGGCUCGACAUCAUCCAAUCACCAUCAUCACCAUCACCAUGUAGGCGGUAGCAGUGGCGGCAAUGCAGUGGUCAGUGGAGGCGGCGGCGGCGGUGGUGGAGGCACAUCGAUAAUAAGCAAGAAUGUUGUUAGUGGUCAUUCAAAUUCAGCGACAUCCGCUUUAAAACAAAGGACUUCUUCAUCUGCAAAGGGAUCUCCCAAUAUGGCUAUACGCAGCAGCGCGCCCAUGCGUUGGCGCGCUACUGAGGAGCAUAUUGGCAAAUACAAAUUAAUUAAGACAAUUGGCAAGGGUAAUUUUGCUAAAGUGAAAUUGGCCAAACACUUGCCCACCGGCAAGGAGGUGGCCAUUAAGAUAAUUGACAAAACCCAGUUAAAUCCUGGUUCGCUGCAAAAACUCUUUAGAGAGGUUAGGAUAAUGAAAAUGCUCGAUCAUCCCAACAUUGUGAAACUGUUUCAAGUUAUCGAAACGGAAAAGACGUUGUAUUUGGUUAUGGAAUAUGCAUCGGGUGGAGAAGUCUUUGAUUAUUUGGUAUUACAUGGGCGCAUGAAGGAAAAGGAAGCACGGGUUAAAUUUCGUCAAAUUGUUUCUGCUGUGCAAUAUUGUCAUCAAAAGCGUAUAAUACAUAGAGAUUUAAAAGCUGAAAAUCUAUUAUUAGAUAGUGAGUUAAACAUUAAAAUAGCUGAUUUUGGAUUUUCCAAUGAGUUCACGCCCGGUUCUAAACUGGACACAUUCUGCGGUAGUCCUCCCUAUGCGGCACCUGAACUGUUCCAGGGUAAAAAGUAUGAUGGCCCUGAGGUGGACGUUUGGUCAUUAGGUGUUAUACUGUAUACGCUUGUGAGUGGGUCACUACCAUUUGAUGGCUCGACAUUAAGAGAGUUAAGAGAACGUGUGCUCAGAGGCAAAUAUAGGAUUCCAUUCUACAUGUCUACUGACUGUGAAAAUCUAUUGCGUAAAUUUUUAGUAUUGAAUCCGGCUAAACGUGCUAGUCUCGAAACCAUCAUGAGCGAUAAAUGGAUGAAUAUGGGGUUUGAAGAAGACGAAUUAAAGCCUUACAUUGAACCCAAACAAGAAUUGGGCGAUGUCAAACGGAUAGGUAAGACGGAAGCUCUUGUUGCAAUGGGCUACAAUAGGCAGGAAAUAGAAGCUUCAUUGUCACAAGUACGCUAUGAUGAUGUGUUUGCCACAUAUUUGUUGCUGGGAAGAAAAAGUACUGAUCCCGAAAGUGAUGGUUCUAGAUCUGGCUCUUCACUUUCGCUGCGAAAUAUAUCGGGUAAUGAUGGAACAGCUAUAUCAGCAAAUACUUCGGUACAAAGUCCAACGCAUCGUGGUGUCCAUAGAAGUAUUUCGGCUUCUAGUACAAAACCAAGUAGAAGGGCAUCUUCUGGGGCUGAUACUCUACGUGUGGCCCCCGGCAAUACAGCUGCUCAAGUUGUUACCACAGGAACAGCUGGUACCGUUCCGUCCAGCACUAAUUAUGCUAUUGCUGGCACUGGAUCUACGGCGGAAAGAUCUUCAAUUAGUAGCAAUUUCAAGCGUCAAAAUACUAUCGACUCAGCUACAAUCAAAGAGAAUACAGCACGUCUAUCGGCUCAAAAUCAAAGGCCGGCCUCAGCCACUCAUAAGUUAUUGACGACUGCAGAUACAUCUAUCAGUAGUCCGAAGCCACGUUAUACACCUAAGUAUGAUCCCACAAACAGUAGUAAUCGUCCCUCGGCCACGGUUAGCAUGAUGCCCAGACGUUCUACUACACUAUAUGAGAAGACUUCUUCAACGGAGAAAACCAAUGCGAUUUCAACAGACUCAAACGUGUUCAACGAUCUUAGAGUGACAUCGGCUGUUAAAUCUGGCAGACAUUUUCCCAGGAAUGUACCAUCACGUUCAACCUUUCAUUCGGGACAAACAAGGCCAAGAAACAACACGGCCUUGGAGUAUUCGGCCACAGGUGGUGUGCCUGGAGAAUCACCUCAUCCCGGUCGCAUGAGUUUCUUUUCAAAGCUCUCCUCGAGGUUUAGUAAGCGCAGCAACUCUAGUACCGAAGAAUCCGCUAAGCCCAGAGUUCUGCGAUUCACCUGGUCGAUGAAAACCACAUCGCCCCUAAUGCCCGAUCAAAUAAUGCAAAAGAUAAGAGAAGUGCUCGAUCAAAAUAACUGUGACUAUGAACAACGUGAAAGGUUCGUUUUAUGGUGUGUACAUGGAGAUCCAAAUACCGAUUCAUUGGUUCAGUGGGAAAUCGAAGUUUGCAAACUUCCACGUCUGUCUCUAAAUGGAGUUCGUUUUAAACGCAUUUCUGGUACUAGUAUAGGCUUUAAAAAUAUCGCUUCACGUAUUGCGUUCGAUCUACGACUGUGAUUCUGUCAGGAGAAGGGAAAAUAUCUAAGCAAAAGUAACGAUUCUACCAUAUGAAGCAAAAAAGAAAGGUGUUUCCCGUAUUCAUGAAAAUGAAGCCAACCCCCUUAACUCGUGUUUUUCCACAAACUUAGUAAUUCACUUUAUACACCAACCAACAACACCGUACACCCACAUAGAUUCAAACUCCAAGAGCUCCAUAGUUUCAUAUAACACAAAUAAUCCCCUCCGCCCCCAUAAUGUUCAUAUAACAAAUUUUUAACUAGUGCAUGUGCAGUUUUACAUCCCCGUACCACAAACCAUCUCCAUAAUCUCUUCCUAAACAAAAACCUCCAAUCCAUUCAUUUAAUUCAUCCUUACUUACAUACAUAUAUAGAGAAUUGCAAAACAAGUUUGUUAAAUUAUAUAAAUAAUAUAUAUAUAUAUAAACACACACAUGAAACAACAUACAUACAAACAUACACAUCCUUAUAUGAUGUGGUACAUAAGUUUAAAAUGUACUUGCAUCAUGAUGAUACAUAAAUCCAUAUAUAUACACACAUAUAUACAUACAUAUAUUCUUAAAAUCAACCUUCUAUCCUCAAUACCCAAAAAGUCCUUGAUCACUUCUCCCUACCUCUUUCCUCUCCAACAAAAAAAAAAACAAAUGUCUCUAAAGUCCCCGCUACAUUUAAGCAGUAACAUAACAAAAAUUUUAAUUUAAAAAAAACUCUAAAGCACAAAAAACUAAAACAAAAGAUCAUUUUUUAUGAAGAAAAACAACAAAAUCAUUAUACACAUAUGCCUCAUACACACAAACAUACAUAACACAGACACACACACACACACACAGAAUAUACGUACAGACAGACAACAUUAUGCAAUAACUUAUCAAAAAUGUUAUUAAAGAACAAACCAACAAGAGAAAUAUACAACAACACUUUAAUUCAAACAAAGAAACAACAACAAGAAGGACAUUUUUAUUUUUUUGGUAAUGUGAAGAAAAAUCUCACUUGGAAAAAUGAGUAUAUUAAGAGAACCUAUAAAGCUUUAAUUUGUUUUAAGUUUCUCUAAAAAGGUAAAUGCUAUUCAGUGAUUUUGUUUUUGAUAUUUUUUGGAGCAUACUUUUAGGAGUUUGACAAAUAAUAAAGCAAGAAAGUUUUCUUUGAUUUGGAUUUUUAUUUUCGUGCGCUGGACAUCAGAUUUUUAGACAAAAUCAAAAUUCAGCCAUCAGUUUUUUUGCAAACGACUUGGAACUUCAUUUCAGCAUGCAAUGUAUUUUUGUUAUAUAAAGUUUUAAUGAAAAAAAAAAUAUAUAUAUAAAAAUUCGAUUUUCAUCGGUGUAAUGCAUAAACUUAGUGGGAGAUUUAAAUUGCUUAUUAUACCGCCAUAGUUUGGGGGUAUAUUGAUUUUCUAAUUCCUUUAGUAAAAUGGCAAUUUUUGAUAUAUCGUUGGUAUGCUCCUAUUUACGCUACAAUAUAAAGCUACUAACUGGCCCGGUGUGCUUUCCUACACCCUUAAGUGUAGGCGGUAUCCUUUUGAAAUGGUCAAAUUUUAAAAAUAAUUUAUAAAUAAUAUAAGAAUUUUUCUCGUCCUGGUUUGAGUUUACCACUUCUUCAGCUUCUUCAUUCAUUCUGAUAACAUGACCUAGCCAACGCAACCGAUGCACUACGUUUCACUAUGCUAACGUUGCCAUACAGCCCAUACAGUUGUGUUCAUGUUGUAGCAGUGUCUUGUACACUGAGGCGGCAGCACUUGCCGAUGAAGGACUUCAUCGGGUCAAUCCGGUAUGUACAACCGGUUGCCAUGGGAUUGGCCCAUACAGUUUGUGGUUCUUAGGUUUAAGUGGCACUCUUAGUUAGACGUUUUCGUCCAUUGUGAUACCAUGGGAACAGAAGAAGAAAAAUGCCUUCUAGUUCCUACAGUUGAACCAUCCAGAUCGCUUUUAAAAGCCCAACAGCUUGCGAAUGUUCAGAUCCGCUAAAUCAGACAUGUUCUCAAAGGAAUGAGAUCCAAAAGUGGACGCCGAUACUUUCCAUCAAUGCAAAUUGUUCCGUAAAUUUUAUGAAGAAUGUUUUUCUUAAACACUCCAAGCACUGCUUCGUUUGCUUUAACAACACGGGUAGUAUCUGUGCCUUGUAUAAUGUGAAUCUUCGUUUGUCGAGAGGUGGCCUUGAUUCUAAACUGCUUGCUUAAUCCAAAAAAACAUCUGUUUGCCAAUAUUAUUAUCCUGAUGUCAUUCGUUUCGAUUACGGCGAUACCGAGGUAGACAAAGUUCCUGACUAUCUCAAAGUUGUGGUUCCCAACUUUCUCCCAUUUCCUUAUCUGUUCGGAUGUACAAGAUAUUGUGGGAGUUGAUACCAUCCCUUCUGUCUUAUCUCCAUUUACUGCCAGACCUACUUCUCUUUGGAUUCUUUCAAAGGCCUAUCAUCACUUCAGAGGGACAAAUUCCAUCACCAGCGCAUAUUCUAUUAGCUUUUAUGAUGCAAGCGGCUUAUUGGUCUGAUCAUCCAUUUAACACACCGGGUAAUGCAAUAGCGAGUUGUAUCCCCAUAAUUCUGGUGGGGCACUUUUGUUCGCCAUGCAAAACGUGGAGCUAUCUAUUUGCUCUGCCAAAGCACUACCUCUCUGGUAAUAAGCUACUAGAGAAUGUCGUGUUGUGCAUUAAAGUCUUCUACGUAAGUACCAAGCUAGAUGUACCAGAUGACAGAUGUUUGGCUUAUAUCUCUACUUCGGCAGUUCCAGACUUAACUGCCACCACCACACAUUGCAUGCAGCGCUCACUAAAGUCAAGCGCAGGUGAGAUAUUUCUAUACUGCACGGAAUAAUGUAACAAGAGAGCUAGGCCCCAACCUUCACUUCUUCCAACCUUCCUUUUUAGCACAUUGUAGCCGUGACAACAAUGCAAACGGCAGGCAUUAGUGAGCUUUGUUUCCUGAAUCACAGCGACCAUUAUAUUCUUCGGAAUCAUUAAGUCCAUAAUUUGGUCAACUUUGCCCCACACAUAUGGAUAAGUCAGGACGUCACGUACUCAAAAUUUGUUUUCGAUAAAAAAAAAAUAUGUUUAGAAAGUAUUUUAAUUUUUUUAAAAUUUUUAAAAAUUUGAAAUAUUUUUCUAGUAAUUUCACCUAGAGAAGAUAAAAUUUUAAGUCUUGCAACUGAGAUAAACGAAACACUAAAAAAGGUUCAUUUUGCAUUUAAAGAGCCGAAAAUGGUAAAAUAUGAUGAAAUUUUUUGUAAUAAAAGGCAUAAAGCAUUUCCUUGGUCAAGCAAUACCACAAUAGCAAAAAUCUAUAUAAACAAUUCUCUCCCAUGCUUUAUCCAAGAUUUCCCCAAAACCUCUACCACCUCUUGUGUAUGAUAAUAAAAAAAAGUUCAGAAUGUUAUGUAAUUUGAUGUCUUCUCUUAGACAAAGGACCCCACAUUUCUAACAAAAAACACACAAACACAAGCAUACACUUUCUUCACUUUUAGAGAUUAGAGCCAACCCCGAUUGAUCUAAAAAAAAGAGUAGUUAUUUAACAACAACAAAAUAUAUGUAAAACAUAAGAGGAAUAAACAAAGAUCAAUCUUAGUAAACAAAAAACAACAACAAAAAACAUACUACAUUUGUAAUGAUUACGAAAUAGUUAAGCACACUCUGUGAAAAAAACCUAGCGUUAUGUGAAAAAGAAAAUCCUUACCUGCAUUUUCAUUGGAACCCAAUGAAGCACAACUUACCUAUUGUAUACCUAUAAACAUACAUACACUUAUGUAUUCUCCUAAUAAAACAAAAAUGAAACUCAAGAAACGAAUACCCCCAUUUGAUGAUCAAAUUCAAUAAUUCUAGAAACACAAUAUUCAAAACAUCUGUAUUCUCAUUAAUCACAUUUAAAUAAAAUUCAUAAAUGAAUGUAA